AUGGCUACCGCGACAAGGUCCUCUAAGCAGCGCACGCACAUCAUGCGAGAGAAGCGUGAUGCUCUCCAGCUUGCAUCUGAAAUCGAAAAUGGACUCACGCUGAGCAGACUGAGUAGCUCAGCAUGA